AUGGCUACAGCGGACUACAAACAAAUAUCGGCGAUAGCCCGAAAGAGGAGGGCAGCCAACAUUGCUGCUUAUUACAAGACUCCGACUUGGAACGAGGCAGACCUACCGCGAAACCUGACCGAGUUCGCGCUGAGUUCUGGCUACUACACCAGCGGCGAGCUUGCCAUCAUCCAGUCCGAAGCAGAUGUGAUUCUCGAGAAGAUCCAGACCAAAGCUUGGACAGCUCUUGAAGUAACCCAGGCAUUUUGCAAGGCCUCUGCCCUGGCCCAGGAAUUGACCAAUUGUCUUACCGAGGUGUUGUACGCCGAAGCAUUCGAACGCGCAAAGUAUCUCGAUGACUACCUUGCACGUACCGGUAAGACAAUCGGUCCUCUCCACGGACUGCCCAUCUCCCUCAAGGACUGUUUCAUCACCGCUCCCCAUCCAUCUUCCAUCGGAAUGGCCGCGUACGCCAACGAGCCUUUGCAAAAGGAUACACUACUGGUGACCAUUCUUCGAGACCUGGGUGCUGUCUUCUACGUCAAGACGAAUGUCCCGACGGCUAUGAUGAUGGCCGAAACCAACAACAACGUCUGGGGUGAAUGCCGGAACGCUCUCCACAAAGGCCUCAGCCCUGGAGGGUCCAGCGGCGGCGAAGGUGCUCUGAUCGCAUUCAAGGCGUCUCCUUUGGGUGUAGGGACGGACAUCGGUGGGUCCAUCCGCAUACCAGCAGCCUGGUCAUACAUGUACGGUCUCAAGCCCUCGUUCGGUCGGUACCCAGUCUAUGGUGGGAAGUCCGGAAUCCCAGGUCAAGAACAUAUUCUGGCCGUCAACGGUCCAAUGUCAAGAUCGUUAAAGUCUCUCCAGAUAUACUCUGAGGCAGUUCUCUCAGAACACGUAGCCCCAUGGGAAGUGGACCACAAAGUAGUCCCCAUCCCAUGGCGGAAGAACGUCAUCCAGCCUCCAGGUCGCAAAUUGAGGAUUGGCAUCAUCGGCAUCGACGACGGUCUGACCACCGUGCACCCUCCAGUCGAGAGAGCGCUCAACAUGACUCGCGCCGCACUGGAAAAGGCAGGCCACGAAGUCUUCACCUGGUCAGCUUCGGAAGACCACCCUGUCAUCGCCAAGAACCUCCAAGCAGCCUUCUUCGACCUCGGCGCGGCCGCGAUAACAGACCUGCUCAAACCUUACAACGAACCCUUCUUCCCCUGCAUGGAAGGUUACGGCAUCGCGGCGGCCGCCGGCGAAGGCCAGCUCGGCCCGACGAAGAUGCGCCUGAUGAACCUCAAGCGGAACGAGCUCCAAAAGGCCUAUCUCGACCGGUGGAACGCGACCGCCGCGGACGGCAAGCCGAGAAUGGACGCCAUAAUCUGCGCGUGCUCGCCCUGGGCGGCCCCUCGUCUCGGCCAGACCCAGGAAAAUUUGUACGUCGGAUGGACCGGGUUUGUGAACUAUCUGGACUUCCCGUCCUGCACGUUCCCCGUGACCUUGGCCGACAAGACCCUCGACAAGGCUCGCGACAUGAGCUCGUUCAAGCCGCUCAGCGACAUCGACGGGCGCAUCCAGGCCGACUACGACGCCGAGUUCUACCACGGCGCCCCUGUGGCCCUGCAGCUGGUCGGCAAGCGAUUGGAGGAAGAAAAGGUGUUGGAAAUGACCCAGGUUGUGGCGGAUGCUCUCAAGGCCGCGUCGUAG